GUAUAAAAGGCUCACACAGCGUCUUCUCACCACAGUUCACUGCAACAACUCUGCACUGAAAACAUCUUGUGGCUUCUUCAUUCCCUGCUUCAGAAUGGAUUUUCAAAUCUUUGCUCUGGUGAUGAUGUUCCUGGCCUGUGUGGAGCACAGCCUGGCCUCCUGUGUGGUGGACAGCUUCACAGUCAAACAGGACUUUGACCCCAAAAGAUAUGCAGGAAAGUGGUAUGCUCUGCAGAAGAAAGAUCCCGAGGGUUUGUUCCUGCAGGACAACAUCUCUGCUGAGUACACUGUUGGCGAUGAUGGCUCUAUGGUGGCCUCCUCCAGAGGCAGAGUCACUCUCUUUGGGUUCUGGGUUGUCUGUGCUGACAUGGCUGCUCAGUACACAGUCCCUGACCCUGGCAACCCUGGCAAAAUGUUUAUGGACUACCAGGGCCUGGCCAGUUAUCUGUCCAGUGGCGGUGACAAUUACUGGGUCAUUGAUACAGACUAUGACAACUAUGCCAUCACCUAUGCCUGCCGCACCCUGAAGGAUGAUGGAACCUGCGAGGAUGGCUAUGCUCUAGUCUUCUCCCGCAACCCCCGUGGCCUCCCCCCUGCCAUCCAGAGAGUGGUCCGCCAGAAGCAGGAGGAAAUCUGCAUGGCCGGACAGUUCCAGCCUGUGCUGCAGUCCGGAGCUUGCUAAACAAGUGCUAAUCUGGGGCAUGUUGAGCAACCCUACAUUAAAGUGGAUCCAGGAGAAUAAGCCUGUCACAUUCCAACUACGUGGCCAACAUCAGAUAAAUCCAAUCCAAUCCAAUCCAUAACCCUGUGAAAACUUUAAACCUGCCACGACAAAAAUACAAUUUAAAUCCACUGGAAACUAUUAGCGAUGGAGUGGAUAUCAUCAAAUGACCAGCUGUAUCAUACUGUCACACUGGUGGGUAACAUCUGCACUGUGCCAUUCUGUAUCGGUGACAAUAAAUUUUGUAAAGAAA